CGCCAUGGGCAAGCUAAUCUUCAACUAACUCCUUGCUCAGGACGGAUCUUCUGGUCCUCUUUGAGUCUUUGUAUGAUAUAUCUCUAACCACGCUUGGCCUUUAUUUUCUGGGGCUGUUGAACUUGUCUUCGCCUUCAAAAUGGCUGAACAGAACUUCUCAGGAGCACUAGCCACCUGGAAAGACAUUAAUUUGUCUGAACUCCAGAAGACCUUGGAUGCCCAAGGUAUUGAAAUUGUGGAGAACCAGAAGGAAAGUGUCAUAGGCCGUAAAGCACUCGCGGACCGGACGAAAGAGUUCAAAAAGAUUCCAGACGACGAGAAACUGCACGCCUUCAAGAGUUUGUUGAAAGCGUACCAAACGGAGAUCGAUAACCUCACGAAGCGUUCUAAGUCAGCCGAGAAUGCAUUUCUGAGUGUCUACAAGGUCUUUGCAGAAGCUCCGGACCCGUACCCUCUCCUAGAGGCAGCCGUAGACCAGACGGUGAAGGUUGCAGAAGCCCGCGAGCUCGAGGCGGAACAGGAACGACUCAAAGAGGAGAAUGCAACUUUGCGUAAGCGUCUCAGCGAGACCUCUUCCUUGGAGGCUACGAAGAAGAAAGCAGAAAGCCGGGUUGAGCAGCUUGAGCUAAAGAUGGACGAACUGAUCCAAGAGAAAGUUGUGCAAAAGGAGAAUGAGCUUAAUGCGACAUAUGACGAGAAGAUGCAAAAUUAUGAAGCCAGGGAGAAGGACCUUCAAAGCCAACUCACCUUAACCAGGAACCAGCUUCGCGACCUUCGCACGUCAAACGAGUCGAACCAAGCGAAACUUCUUGACCAGACUCAACGUCAAGACCAUGACGUCGUUGCUAGACUUGCUGAACUGGACAUGAUGGUCGCGGACCUCGAGCGGGCAAACAGCCGGGUAGUCACUGUCGAAAGGCGAAACGAACUCCUCCGCGCGGAAAUAGAAGCCAUGAAGAGCGGAAAUGGUGGCUCAGACCGGAUUAAGGACUUGGAAUCCAAGAUCACUGAGUUGGAAACCGAGACGGAUCGACUAUCACAAGCUCUAGAUGCUCAGAAAGCCGCAACAGCUGACGCUCAAGCCAAAGCUGCGAGGCAACUGGAAGAAAGCGCCAAGGAACUUCAAAAGAAGACCGUUGAAGUGGACCAAAUUCGCCAGAAGCUGAAGCAAUACAGUGACUACGAUGAGAUCAAGCGUGAGCUUGAGAUCAUGAAGUAUGUCGAGUUCGCUGGCCUCGAGGAAGAUGACGACGACGAGCUUGGACCGCUCGUUGAUGGCAACGGCGAUGCACUCGGUUUGCAUCUACCAAACCCGAACGCAGACAAAGCCAAUGCUCAGCGUGGUAAAUCUCUUGAAGUCUUGCUCGCUACCAAGAACAAGCGCAUCCUCGAAGAGCUCACCAAGUUCCGAAUCCUUCACGGUGAACUAGAAGCAUCCCUGUUGGCUUCCCAGACCCAGUUAGCGGAGACUGAGUCUGAGCUACAGAAGCGGAAGGCGCUCAAUGAACGACUUGAGAACGACCUCGUACAAAUGGACAGACAUAAACCGAAUGGUGACGCUAGUGGUUACCAUACGCCAGCAGAUUCAAGCACAUCCUCUGAUGCAUUGGCGGGCUUGGAGCUGGGCAAGAAAGAUGUCCCUGCAAGACAGGGACACAUACCUUUCGCACCGUCCGCGGAUACGUCGAUAUUGCCUAUUGUUACCAGUCAGCGAGACCGGUUCCGUCAACGAAACGCCGAGCUUGAAGAGGAACUACGGAAACAGUUCAACAUCAUUUCCGAGCUUCGAUCAGAGGUCAAGAGCUUGCAAGCUGACAACCUCAAGCUAUAUGAGAAAGUCCGAUACAUGCAAAGUUAUAGAGAAGAUACAUCUCUUAGACCCUCAACUCUGGAUCCCAUACCCUCAUCCUCCGCUGGUCGGUCGGAUGACAUGAGCAAAUACCGUACACGAUAUGAGGAAGCGAUGAAUCCAUUCCAAGCCUUCCAAGGGCGAGAAGCGACUAGAGCUUACGACUCGUUGAAUCCGCUAGAGCGUGGUGUUCUCAUCCUCACUCGAGCAAUCCUAGGCAAUCGCAGGACACGGACUGCAUUCAUUUGCUACGCUAUUUUCUUGCAUGUUCUGGUCAUGUUUACAACGUACGAGUGUACCACAUCAUCGGGGUCUGGUUUGCAGAAGCAACCCAACCCUUACAGCUCAUAAGAUAUACCUGCCAGCUUUCAAUACGCUUUGUAGCAUCGAUAGUAUUACAUCUCAUUAUUAGCAUAUUAUCGCAUUCGGAACGGACAUUGCUCUGUAUAUACAGUGAGAAGUGCGUGAGAAGUCCGU